UUCGAUACGUAGCACAGAGGAGAGGGAGAGGGAGAGAUCCAUCCAUAGAGAGAGAGAGAGAGAGAGAGAGAGAGAGAGAGAGAGAGGAAUGGAGCGAGAGAGAGUAGUGCUAGGAGAGGUGUACAAGGAAUGCAUGCGGAACCACGCCGCGAAGCUCGGCACCUACGCCGCCGACGGCUGCUGCGAGUACACCGCCGACGAGGCCCGCCCGGGCUCACUGAGCUGCGCGGCAUGCGGCUGCCACCGCAACUUCCACCGCAAAGUGUUCUUGGACGGCCACCGCCGCCACGACCACCAGCAGCAGCCGGCUGCAGCGCAGACACAGGCGGCUGAGGAGCGUCGACGGCGGUGCCCCGAGGGGAGCAAGCCGCGGCGGGCGAGGACGAAGUUCACGGAGGAGCAGAAGGCCCGGAUGGCGAGCUUCGCGGAGAGGAUCGGGUGGAAGGUACCGAGGAGGGCCGACGGCGGCAUUGGCGGCGAGGAGGCGGGCGACGACGUGACGAGGUUCUGCCUCGAGAUCGGCGUCAGCCGGCAGGUGUUUAAGGUUUGGAUGCACAACCACCGCAGCGGCGGCGGCGGCGGCAGAGGCGGCGAUGGCGCGGCCUCAUCGUCGAUGAGUCAAACGGUGGCUUCCGGGGGCGAUGAAGAGGCCAGUUAAGAAAAUGCUAGAGCCAUCUCCAUGUAGAUUGUAGAUGUAGUAGUAGUAGGAGAGCUAAUUUAUUUGUUCUUAUAAUUGUUAAUCUUCAUCCUUUUA